CCCAAACAACACACGGCGCAGUACGAGCGGCGGAAAGAGCGCUCACGGGGCUACUUUAGCAACUAAACACCGUCAAUUUGUGGCUCUCUCAAAUGCCGUCGAUCUACUUCAUAUGGUCCGUCUGCUAAAACACGGCAGCCGCCCAGCUCUCAGCUGUCGCCGGGAUAUUUAUGACCGAGUGCCGUUUUAGAUCUUAACAUCGAGAGCGGCGUCGCGGGCCCCGGUUGCGUCCAGCGGUCCUCGUGCGGCGGGGACGUUCUUACAUACACGCGAGGAACCGGAAGAUGUUGAAGAAAUGAUAGCUGCUCAGGAGUUACAGACGGACUUCCAUUACUCUCAUGAAGCAGACACACAGCUCUCCUCAGACACAGACUUGGAGGAUCCAGAGAGCCGUAAUGCCAAACCUGGGAAAGGAAAGAAGGGGAAGAAGGCUCCAAGUGAGAAGGUGAAGGGUGCAGGUGUGCGUGCACAGGGCAGAGUGAAUGGACACCAUCAGGAGAAUGGCACCGAGAAUCUCAGCCUGUUUGAGAUUGUCAAACUGGGAAAGAGUGCCACACAGUCGGUAGUUGACGACUGGAUCGAGUCCUAUAAGAGCGAGCGAGACAUGGCGCUGCUGGAACUCAUUAACUUCUUCAUACAGUGCUCCGGCUGCAAAGGUGCUGUGAGUUCGGAGAUGUUCAGACACAUGCAGAACUCUGAGAUUAUUAGAAAAAUGACUGAGGAGUUUGAUGAGGACAGCGGUGAUUACCCUCUAACGAUGUCGGGACCCGUGUGGAAGAAGUUUAAGUGGGGGUUCUGUGAGUUUAUCGUGGUUCUGGUGCGUCAGUGCCAGUACAGCAUCAUCUAUGACGAGUACAUGAUGGACACGGUCAUCUCCCUCCUCACGGGCCUCUCUGACUCGCAGGUCCGAGCCUUCCGACACACCAGCACUCUCGCAGCGAUGAAGCUGAUGACAGCUCUGGUGAACGUGGCUCUGAACCUGAGCAUUAACAUGGAUAACACACAGAGACAGUACGAAGCCGAGCGCAGCAAGAGUCUUGGCAAACGCGCCAAUGACCGCCUGGAGCUGCUGUUGCAGAAACGCAAAGAGCUCCAAGAAAACCAGGAUGAGAUUGAGAACAUGAUGAAUGCCAUCUUUAAAGGAGUCUUCGUCCACAGAUAUCGAGAUGCAAUUGCGGAGAUCCGUGCCAUCUGUAUUGAGGAAAUUGGCGUAUGGAUGAAGAUGUACAGUGAUGCAUUUCUAAACGACAGUUACCUGAAAUAUGUGGGCUGGACCAUGCAUGACAAGCAAGGAGAGGUGAGGCUGAAGUGUUUGACUGCACUACAGGGUUUGUACCAUAACCGAGAGCUCAACACCAGGCUGGAACUCUUCACCAGCCGUUUCAAGGACCGGAUUGUGUCUAUGGCCCUGGACAAGGAGUAUGAUGUGGCUGUCCAAGCCAUUAAACUUCUCACACUGAUACUUCAGAGCAGUGACGAGGUCCUGACAGCUGAAGACUGUGAGAGUGUGUAUCACCUGGUUUACUCUGCACACCGCCCCAUCGCCAUGGCAUCGGGGGAGUUCCUCUAUAAAAAGCUGUUCAGUCAUCGAGGUCCAGAGGAGGAUGGUUUGCCGAGGAGGGGGAGGCAGUGUCGGAAUGCAAACCUCAUCAAAACCACUGUCUUCUUCUUUCUGGAGAGUGAGCUGCACGAGCACGGUGCGUAUCUGGUGGACAGUAUGUGGGAGUGUGGUGCAGACCUGCUGAAGGAUUGGGAGACCAUGAUCAGUCUCUUACUGGAUGAGACUUUCCCUGGAGAGGAGGCUCUCACGGACAGGCAGGAGACGGCACUCAUCGAGAUCAUGCUGUGUGCAGUCAGACAAGCCUGCGAGUGCCAUCCUCCCAUCGGCCGCGGAACAGGGAAGAGGGUGAUGACUGCCAAGGAAAAAAAAACUCAGCUGGAUGACCGUACGAAAAUCACAGAGAUCUUUGCGGUGGCGUUGCCGCUGUUGCUGACUAAAUAUUCAGUAGAUGCUGAGAAGGUCACAAACCUGCUGCAGUUGCCCCAGUACUUUGAUCUGGAGAUCUACACUACUGGGAGACUGGAGAAGCACCUGGAGGCACUGUUGCGUCAGAUCCGUGAGGUGGUGGAGAAGCACACGGACACGGAUGUGCUGGAGGCAUGCUCCAUGACCUUCCACGCGCUGUGCAACGAGGAGUUCACCAUCUUCAACCGUGUGGACAUCGCCCGUAGCCAGCUGUUGGACGAACAAGUGGACAAGUUCCACCGUCUUCUGGAGGACUUCCUUCAGGAGGGGGAGGAGCAAGAUGAAGAUGAUGCAUAUCAGGUUUCAUCAACGCUGAAGAGAAUCACAGCCUUUCACAAUGCCCAUGAUCUCACUAAGUGGGAUCUGUUCACCAGCAACUACAAACUGCUGAACACAGGAUUACAAAAUGGGGACAUGCCUGAACAGAUUGUGAUCCAUGCUCUGCAGUGCACCCAUUAUGUCAUACUGUGGAACCUGGCGAAGGUCUCAGAAGGCACCUCCAAAAAGGGUGACCUGGUGACCUUGCGGAAACAGAUGCGAGCGUUCUGUCUGAUGUGUCAGAGGUACCUGAGCAGUCUGAGCACAGCUGUGAAAGAGCAGGCGUUCACCAUCCUGUGCGACGCUCUGAUGAUCUUCAGCCACCAGAUUGUGGCGUCGGGGCGAGAGGUUCUGGAGCCUCUGGUGUUCAGCCCAGACUCCUCACUGCAGAGUGACCUGCUCAACUUCAUCCUUGACCACGUCUUCAUCGACCAGGACGACGACAACAGCACAGAUGGCCAGCAGGAUGACGAGGCCUGUAAGAUAGAAGCUCUGCACAAACGCAGGAACCUGUUGGCAGCCUACUGCAAACUCAUCAUCUACAAUGUCGUGGAGAUGAACACGGGUGCAGACAUCUUCAAACAGUACAUGAGAUAUUAUAAUGACUAUGGUGACAUCAUUAAGGAGACGAUGAGUAAAACACGACAGAUUGACAAGAUUCAGUGUGCCAAAACACUGAUCCUCAGCCUGCAGCAGCUGUUUAAUGAGAUGCUGAGUGAGUUGGGGUGUAACUUCGAUCGCUCCUCGUCCUCCUUCUGUGGCAUUAAGGAGCUGGCGAGGAGAUUCUCACUCACAUUCGGACUCGACCAGCUCAAGACCAGAGAGGCCAUCGCUAUGCUGCACAAGGACGGUAUAGAGUUUGCGUUUAAGGAGCCCAGUCCCCAGGGGGAGGGGGGUCCUCCACUGAACCUGGCCUUCUUGGACAUCCUGAGUGAGUUCUCAUCCAAACUACUGCGGCAGGACAGGAAGACUGUCCACAUGUACCUGGAGCGCUUCAUGACGUUCCAGAUGUCCCUGCAGAGGGAGGACUGCUGGCUGCCUCUCAUUUCGUACCGGAACUCCCUGCAGGCUGGCGCCGACGACGACACCCUGUCCGUCAUCAGUGGGGUCAGCAGAGGCUCCGCCCGCAGCAAAAAGAACAAGAUGGCUAGCACCGGCAAGAGGAGGCUGCCUGAGGAGGAGAGUAGCUGUAGUAGUAGUGAUGCGGGUGCGUGGAUGACCCGUGAGCAGGGCGUCCAGCAGACACCCGUGAUGAUGUCAUCACCCCACAUGACCUCCACGGUACUGCGAGAUGCCAAGAAGCUCCGUCCAGAUGAGGGUUAUGUGGGCGUGUACACCAUGAGCAACGACCCACAGCACACGCCAUUACAGCAGACGCCACAGCCCGUAGACUACAAUACACAAGUAGCGUGGAUGGUGACUCAGAGGCAGCAGGAGGAAAGAGCAAACCUCCAGAACGCCAAGAUGAGGAGUCACAUGCAGCACGCAAUUCGCCGAAGCGCAGGGUUGAUGGAAGAUGACGAGGAACCGAUAGUGGAAGAUGUGAUGAUGUCAUCGGAACAGCGACUGGAAGACCUAAACGAGGGCAUGGACUUCGACACCAUGGACAUUGACCUGCCACCAUCCAAAAACCGCAGAGAAAGAUCCGAGCUCAAACCGGACUACUUUGACCCCGCCUCUAUCAUGGAUGACUCUGUUUUGAACGUGUCCAUGUUUUGAUCCAGUCUGGUCCCGACGGUUUACGGGAGGUGGGGAUGGAGCACCGUGUGGACUCCAUGCACACGUGCUGUUGCAGCCGCUGAGCUCGGAUUGGCUGCCGUCACCUCCCUGACCUACAGCUCUCUCUCUCUCUCUCUCUCUCUCGCGCUCUCUCUCUCGCGCUCUCUCUCUCGCGCUCUCUCUCUCGCGCUCUCUCUCUCUCGCGCUCUCUCUCUCUCUCUCUCUCUCUCUCCUCUUUAACUUUUCCUUUUUUGCCAACGUGUACGUGGAACUCUGCUGAGUGCUUUGCGCCCCCUAGUGGAACAUGGCGUGUAGCCACUGAUGACCGGGGUCCUCACAUCAGUAGAAGAGAGUUCUGGUCUCUCUCUCUCUUUUUUUUUUUUUUUUUUUUUUUUUUUUUAAGACAGUGUAGAAGAAUUGAGGGGUUUUUUUGUAACUUAUAGAAAACUUUUUUGAUUUUUAGUUUAUUUUAUAAUGACAAUCAGCUGUAAAUCAGAACUUUAUAAAAGCAUAGCUACUCGAAAUGAGUAUGUAAAUCAACAUUUCUAAUUGAAAUUUCUUGUGUGGGUCGCGGGGUAUAGAGCCUUACAGUAUUUGUCUUUUAUUUUCCUCUGUGGACGAUUGUAGAGUUGUUUUAUUGCUCUUCUUUAACGUACACUAUUUCUCCAGUUGCCGUAACAACACACUCCAGGAGAGAUGUUGAUUGGGUAAGAGCGGGACUACUUUGUGGUUCUGUGGGUCCUGUCUUCGUAUAGCAGCCCAAAUCGCUUAUGCUGAUUGGGUGAAAUCUUAAAGGCCCCACCCCUUCCCCACA